AUGAGGGCCUGGUCCGAGUACAUUGUAGCAGCUCCGACUGUCGCGUCCCCUUCACCCACCUACCGUGCCUUCAGUCCCACGACGCCCUCUUCGGCCUCGUUCCAACCCCAGUACGCCGGCGCCAAUGUCUCCCGCAUCCAUACGAGCGACUCGUCGGUGUCGCUCCAGUCCCAGUUCGACGCGCAUGGACAGCCACUGAAGGGGAGGGAGUCCAUGGUGUCCAUGCAGUCCUACUACGACUCCCCAACCUCCCCCCAGCAGCCGGACCCUUACGUUGGAGCAAGCCACACCGCGUACACACCCCCGACCUCAUGGAUAGGCGGCCACCAGUCCCAGGGCUACGAGCCUGUCCCGACCGCGACCCCGCUCUCCCUUUCGAGGUCCGGGAGUUCGCGCACGAGACGUGGCUGCUACAGCCUGGCUUUCUCCGGCGAGCACGAGGCCACCCUCCCCACCGCGGCGCCCAUGGGGCAGGACCAGAGCUACGAGGCCGUCCCGGCCCACGACGCCGCCGACGAUGUGCCCUUCGACCCCACCUCCACGCUCGGGCCCCCGAGUCUGCAGGACGACUCCUUCGUUAAGAAGCUGCAGGAGGCGGAGGCCAAGGGUCACCUGACCGGGGGGCUGGGGGCCGGCUGGAAGCCCGAGGAGCGGUUCCUCGGAUCGGAGCUGGCGAGGGCACUCUUGAGCCUGCAGAGGUCCAUCACGCGCAGAUCGAGCCACCUCUUGAACCUAAUUGAGAUGAUCUGA